CUCGCUUGCUCCAACUUGCUCGCGUCGCAGACUUGUGCAGACUUGUAACUGGACGGAACUGGUUGACGUUGACGGUAGUGUGAAAGUUGAAUGCGUACACUAGGAAUCUACGUAGUCGAGGUGUUUGACGGAUUCCGUAUUACCGGUAUUGCCAUUGCCACAUUCGCCACUAUCGCUUGCUAUCGCUUGCUAUCAUUUGUGCCGGUGACACCUCAAAUGACAGAAGUACCAGUGUAAACACGCCUCUGCGUGUGAAGAGAACUUUCUUUGUUCUCCAAGUCAACAAGUCUAGAGUCUAGAGAGUGAAAGUACAAGAGCUUUGCCGACUUCGAAUAUUUCAAUUUCCUGAAAUCAAGAUAAAUAUUCGUUGUAUUGAAGAAAGAGAGAGCCUGAGAAUGUCGAGCCCAAGAGGAUCUGUUCGCGAAGGCACAAGAAUCGUACUGAAAGAAAUAACCGCGACUCUCCACAAUUCUUCGCCAAUUCAUCCUUCUCGACGAAAGAGCGGCAACGAUACUCCCUUGACUCUCCCAAAGACAGCAGAGCAUGAGGUCAAGGUUCAUUUUGCUCGCGAGUUUGCCGAUGUAGGAUCGGUCACGGAAAAUCUCUGCUUGGCUCCGGAGAGUCUUUCGUCGGCCAGCAGUUUCCAUAGUCUCAGCAGCACUCUCAGUAUCAAGAGCAGUAGCGGCAUAUGUACUGAUUCGACACCCGAAACUCCUGAUAACGUAGUGGACACAUCAUAUGUGAACUCCAACAUACCCGGUGUAGAGGAUUUGAUCCUCGCGUGUGCAGACAUCCAUUUAGGAAGUGAAUACGACAGUCAGGAUCUCAGUCAGGAUCAGACGUUUACAUCGGCUAUAGAUGAGGUACCAUUUUCCACAAGAGAUUGUUCCCUUAACGAAGAUCUAUUAGACAAUGCCGAUAAUGGAACGCAAGUGAUUGAGAUAAGUCCUCAAUUAUGCAAGACAACGCCUUUAAAUCAAACGCAUAUUUUGGGAUCGUCUAAUAACACACUUCCCGUUCAAGAUUCACAGUUUGUGACUUCAUAUCCUCCUGCGGAAGAAUAUGUACUACAAGUAGAAGAAUCGAUUGAUAAGCAUAUUCCGUUACAAGAAAGUGCUACAGUAACUGAGAUUGAAACCUUCAACAUUGUGAGUAAUCUUAUAAAGGAUUCACUGCCAACAAGUAAUGUGAAUGAUAAUCAGUUGAAUAUAACAACAACUGUUUCAUCCAAUAAUAUUACUUUCGAUGUGAUCACGCUUAAUGAAGAACAAACAGUAAAAAAUGAUUGCAACGCCGAAAUAUCCCUAGAAGAUCCACAGUCGUGUCCUACCGAAAUUUCUGUUCCGUCCACAUCCCCGUUAACGCAAUAUGCGGAUCUUUCGUUACCUAGUAUAUCCAAUAUAUCUUCACCAUUAGAACAUACUGAUAGUAGUACAACGAAAGAAACGAGUAUACAGACUUUAUCAGAGUUUAAACAGGAUACAUUAACAGUAUUGUCACCUUCCGACAAUCUUGAUCAAAAAUUGUGUGUAUCAUCGCAAGUAAUUGUAAAUAAUUCUAUUACUCAAACUGAAACGAAUGAAAUUAUCAAGGAGCAAGAGUUGUCUGAAUUAGAUAAUGAUAUUGAAGCAGAUAAGGAAGAAAACAUACUAUUACCAAAUAACACCAGUAUUAUAGAACCAAAAACAUUGGAAGUUGAAGAAAACUUACAGACGAGUAUCGAUAAAAAAGAUUUAGAGGUAGAAAAUAGCGUAGUAUUGAAUGAAGUACAGAAAUUAUCUGAAGAAGGAAUUGCCAUAUGUAAUGAGACUCAUGUUAUAGAAAAACAAAAUAAUUCAUCAGAAACUGUAAUUAUAGAAAAGGAAAAAUGUAUUGUGGAAAAUGCACCUACGACGAGUGAUAUUAAAAAAGACAUAUCUAGUGAAAUUCUCGAUCGUACACUUACUUUACAAGAAAUAGAUAUAAACUUUGCAUCAGAUGAAGAACAAUACGAGAAAUUUAAACCUCAAAGACAAAGUACUACAUUGUCGUUGAUCAAUGGACAUUUUGAAGAAUUAAAAUCUACAGUGGAAAAAGUUACUAAUGAGCUACUUAAUCCUUCACUUGAAUUUACGGAAGAGACAGAUCAAUUUGUCAGUGCAACACCUGAAUUUUUCCAAGAUCCCUCGACAUUUGAUUUUUUGUUAGCACGAAGUAAUCCUACAAAUCAUACAAAUCGCUUUAGAACCGAAUCUUUGUAUGUUAAGUUUGAUCCAUUGGUAUCGAAUAUCAGCAUGUUGCCUCAAGGAAAUGCCCAAACAAUAAACGAAGAGAAAAAUGGCAAAAAUGAAUCGCCACUUCCUGAUGUUGGUACACCAAAACGUAAUCCUGCCAUAGCAGCUAUAGACAGGCUGCUUUUUUAUAGUCCUCUCCCUAAUGCAACAGUGCAAAAAUCAGAGGAAGUUCAAGAAAAAAAUGAGCAGCCAAUAGAAGAGCCUAAAUCAGACGCACCACUUAUUGAUCAUAUAGAUAUGAGUAAAGAACUUGAACUUGUAAGAACGACGGUAUUACAAUUGGAAGAAGAAUUGGAGAAACAGAAAAAGGAGCAUGAAGCAGAAUUGGAAAGACAGAAAGCAACUUUUCAGGAAAAAAUUAAUAAACUACAGGCACAAAUGUCACAAGAAAUAAAAACCAAAACCCAAAUGACGGUUGUUGUGGAAGAAUAUGAAAAAUCGAUUAGCAGAUUACUUACGGAACGAGAAAGAGAUCGUACAAGCUUUGAACAAGACAAGAUAAAAUUGCAAGAAGAAUUGCAAGCAGCAAACCAUCAUCUAACUAAUACGGAAGCAGCAUUUAACGAUGUACACCAAAAAUACGAAAGACUUAAAGGAGUUGUAUCAGUGUAUAAAAAUAAUGAAACUGUACUAAAAGAAAGUAUCCAGGAGAAUGUAGAAACCAUAAAAACAUUGGAAACGCGAUACGAUCAACUCAAGGAACAUGCAAUGGCUCAACUAGAAAAGGCUAAUCUGGAGUUGGAUGGAAUACGAAAACAGAAUGAGGCGGAAACAGUUAAAUUGCAUGCAAUGAUAAGAAAAGCAGAACUUAAAAGCAAUUCACUCGCCGAACUUGUGGAGCAGAAAUCUAAGGAAAAUAAAGAACUCGCGAAAAUCUUAGACGAAGUUAUCGCCAGGGUCGGUCACGGAAACUCAGAAUGAAAACGAGGUAUCGCGGUUGUGGCGCGAUUAGUCUUUAUUUUUUUACUUGUCCUUCAUUGUCUUAAAUACAAAUAUAUGUUAGAUACGAUUGAUGUAUGUAUACGUGCAUUAACUCGUAAGUUAUUGCAAAUUGCGUUUUACUUCAGAAAAACGCCUUUUAUUAAUUAUUUAUAAGUUGUGAAAUAUAACUAUUUUAAAGCUAAUAAAACUGUGCUUAUAUUAAAAA